AUGCCCAAAUCCAGACGCUCCAAGUUAGUGACAUUAUCACAAACUGAUAAAAAGGGUAAAGAAUCCAAAUUGAAACUCUUUGAUGAGAUCAGAUCUGCUCUUGACAAUUAUUCCCAGGUUUGGAUAUUACAAUUGAAAGAUAUCAGGACUCCCGUGCUACAAGAUAUAAGGUCAGACUGGACUGACUCAAAGCUUAUCUUGGGCAAACGGAAAGUUAUUCAAAAGGCAUUCGGUGAGACCCCUGAAGAAGAGUAUUUGUCGGAAUUGGCUAAAUUGACCAAAAUCUUAUCCACUACUGAGGAUUUGAUCCCGGGUAUUUUAUUCACCAACGAGGACGAUUCAACUGUAAAGAGCUAUUUCGAUGCUUACAAAAGACAAGACUAUACCAGAGUCAAGAAUAAGUCGCCUAUAACUUUCGAAAUUCCUGCCGGUAUAGUUUACUCAAGAGGCGGACAAAUUCCCGAGGAAGAAGAUGUCCCUAUGUCACAUUCGUUGGAGGAAACGUUGAGGAAUAAGUACAAGAUGCCCACAAAGAUCAAGAGUGGGAAGAUUGUUUUGGAAAAGCCAUACUUGGUGUGCAAUGAAGGAGAUGUGUUGGACGUUAGACAAGCCUUGAUAUUGAAACAGUUUGGUGUUGCCGCUAGUGAAUUUAAAGUUCCGUUGGUGGGUCAUUACAGUAAAGAAUCAAGCAAGGUUGAAAAAUUUGACAAUUAA